AUGUCAAAAAGAACAAUUGAUCAGGAUGAAGACGAUUACUCGAGAAACGUCUCUGCAAAGACAAACGAAAGUACCGUGCCGGCCUCUGCCUUAACUCAAGACGGUGAUGAUGUUGCUAUGGAACAAGAUGAUGGUCAAUUUAGUGAUGAUUUUGAAAGUGAUGAUGAAAUCAUUGAAGUUGACGAUGACGAAGAUGAAGAUCCUGAAAAUAGAACUGAGAAAGUUGAAAAAAUGAUAGCACAGGAUUUGGAACAAGAAGAAGCUCCUAAUGGGAAAGGAUUAUACUUGCCUCAUUUAUCUCGUCCAUUGGGCCCAGAUGAAGUUCUUGAAGCUGAUCCUACUGUUUAUGAAAUGCUGCAUAAUGUUAAUGUCCCAUGGCCUUGUUUGACUUUGGAUAUUAUCCCAGAUUCAUUAGGUUCUGAACGUAGAAAUUAUCCACAAUCUCUUUUAAUGACUACGGCAACUCAGGCUUCCAAAAAGAAGGAAAAUGAAUUGAUGGUACUAAGCCUUUCUAAUUUAACUAAAACAUUAGUCAAUGAGGAUAAAGAAGAUGACGAAGAUGAAGAUGAUGAGGAUAAUGAAGAUAACGAUAAAGAUCCAGUCAUGGAAAAUGAAAACAUUCCAUUAAGAGAUACAACAAAUAGAUUAAAAGUAUCACCAUUCGCGAACUCAUCUAAAGAAGUUCUUACUGCGACAAUGAGUGAAAAUGGUGAAGUUUACAUUUUCGACUUGGGUCCACAAAGUAAAGCAUUCUCUACCCCUGGUUAUAAGAUUCCAAAAACUGCAAAAAGACCAAUACAUACUAUAAAGAGCCACGGUAAUGUUGAAGGUUACGCACUAGACUGGUCUCCUUCCAUUCAAACAGGUGCCCUAUUGACAGGGGAUUGUUCUGGUCAAAUAUACUUCACUCAAAGACAUACAUCUAAGUGGGUCACUGAUAAGCAACCAUUCACAGUGUCGAAUAACAAAUCUAUUGAAGAUAUACAAUGGUCUCGUACAGAGGGAACUGUUUUCGCAUCUGCUGGUUGUGAUGGUUACAUAAGGAUUUGGGAUACAAGAUCAAAGAAACAUAAGCCAGCUAUUUCAGUUAAGGCUUCCAAUACAGAUGUCAAUGUUAUUAGUUGGAGUGAUAAAUUAGGUUAUUUAUUAGCAAGUGGUGAUGAUAAUGGUGUCUGGGGUGUUUGGGAUUUAAGACAAUUCUCACCAGACACAGCUAACAGUGUUCAACCAGUGGCCCAAUACGAUUUCCAUAAAGGUGCUAUCACCUCAAUUAGCUUUAACCCAUUAGAUGAAUCGAUUGUCGCGGUUGCUUCUGAAGAUAAUACGGUAACAUUAUGGGAUUUAUCUGUUGAAGCAGAUGAUGAAGAAAUUAAACAACAAGCUGCUGAAACAAAAGAAUUACAACAGAUACCUCCUCAACUUUUAUUUGUGCAUUGGCAAAAGGAAGUUAAAGAUGUUAAAUGGCAUAAGCAAAUUCCGGGUGCCCUAGUUAGUACAGGUACGGACGGCUUAAAUAUCUGGAAAACCAUUAGUGUUUAG